AUGAGUACAACAAUUGCGACCGGCGUUGCCGGUAUCACCGCCGUCGCUACGGUGUUCUCUAUCGUCACCGUUCUCUACCUUUUCAAUGAUAUCAACAAUUUCUAUGAUGAUGCCAUUGAAGAGCUCUCAAACUUCAAGGAUAUUGCCAACUCUGCAUGGCAUGAGAUGAGGCCUUCAUAUCAGGAUAUGAGGGAGAAAAGAGAGGCCAUUUUGGGAAUAUCCCGGCAACGCCGUCAAUGGCCACCACAUUGCAACUGUGGAACUCCUCCACUGAAAUGCCCCGCGGGACCACCAGGUCCUCCUGGAACGCCGGGGUUAGAUGGAGAAGCCGGGCGGCCAGGGCUACCAGGCAAACGUGGCGUUGACGGCAUUUCUAUUAGUUUUGGCGGCGGUGCUGGUGGCUGCAUUAAGUGUCCUCCAGGGCCUCCUGGAACUCCAGGCCCAGAUGGACCUCCAGGACUGCCUGGUCCAGAUGGUACGCCAGGAGCUAGGGCACUUGAUGGGGGUCAAGGACCACCAGGACCUCCUGGACCAGCUGGAGAUCCCGGAACGCCAGGAGCCCCAGGAGCUCCUGGUGAACCAGGGCGAGCUGGCUCUCCCGGACAACGUAGCAUUGGACUACCAGGACCUCCUGGACCACCCGGUCCCAUUGGACCCCCUGGACCAGCCGGAUUGGAUGGUGCUGCAGGUGGACCCGCACAACCUGGACCGCCUGGACCUAUGGGACCACCAGGUAACCCUGGACGCCCCGGUCCAGAUGGAAUGCCGGGAGCUCCUGGACAAGCAGGAAUGCCCGGUGGGGAUGCUGCGUACUGCCCAUGUCCACCGAGGACAGAUUACUCACGACCAGGGGCUGCCGGAGUUUCUCGCAACAAAAAGAGUUCAGCUAACUCUAAAGGAAGGACUUCCGGAACCACAAGCCAAUAA